CAUGCGAUGAUGUGAUACAACACCACAGGACGAAUGUAAACAACUUCCGAGUCAUUCGGAGAAUUUCAUAGUGUGAAUCAUUUUAAUCAUCAAAUAUUCUAAGAUGGCAACGAGAGAUGCCUUAAAUAUGGCACCAGAACUAGCCAAAUAUCUGUUCGAAAAUGGAGGGACGAUAAUCAUCACUGAAGUCCCCAAAGGUACAGAUUUCGGUAUUGACUUAAAGUCCUGGAAUACAGGAGAAAACUUCAAGGGGAUGAAGAUGAUACCUCCUGGAUUGCAUUUCAUACAUUACAGUGCAGUAAAUGAACUAGGGGAAUUGUCCCCUAGAGUUGGUUUUUUCCACAUGUUCAAGGAGAAAGAAUUACUCGUCAAGAAAUGGAGUAAAAUGGCUGAGGAUCUUGACGAUCAAGAAGUCGAUGAAGAAACCGUCAUCAGAUUCAGGGAGAAUUUGAAGGAUCUUGAUAAAUUCCUUGGGCCAUAUCCCUACGACAUGUGGAAGCCUUGGAAAGAAUUGACUAGUAAAAUCGAUAAUAAUCUUAUGGAGAGAUGUCGACCACUAUGUGGAUACGUCAGAUCUGCGCUGGAAUUGGCCCACUGUGACGAUGCAUCUCGUCCAAGAGGCACUCAAACUCGUAAACGGAGACGCCCAGUAAUGACUCUUGAAGAAAAAGAAGACCUCUUGCUACCGGACAUGAAGCCCCUACCAGGGACGGAAUUAAGAUUGACCGAAUUACCGGACAAAUAUUACCCCGACGAUGCGACACCCACGGAAAUUACUCAACACUCGUUGGACUCGAGUUACGCACUCAACAUUCUGUUCAAAAAAGUCAGAGAGCCAAUGGAAAUCAUAGGUGAGCUGCAACUAUCCUUCGUAUGUUUCCUCGUGGGCCAGAGUUGGGACGCCUUUGAACACUGGAAAAAACUCAUCUCCCUCAUAUGUCGUGCCGACAAAACUAUUCCGGAGCGUCGCGCGAUUUAUGUUGAAUUCCUACGCACACUUGAAAUACAGUUGACCCACGUCCCUGAGGACCUCCUCUGUGAUAUUGUUUCGAGUAAUAACUUUGUUUAUCACCAUCUCCGCAUCCUUUUCUCCAACAUUGAAUCGAAUCCUGAGGUUGAUGGCAGAUUGAAAUCUGAGGCUGUGAGAGCCAGGAACAGAUUGACUAGCAAAUUUUCGUGGGACUUUGAGAGCUUACAGGAUGAAGACGAUGACGAAGCCCCUGUAGUUGUGGCCAUUGAAUAAUUUUUUUUAUUGCGACAAGGAUGGAGAGCAACUUAUUUAUGAUACAAUCUGAAAUAAUUUUAUUGUUUUAUGAUAACUGAAUAAAUGUGUAAAAUACUGAAAACGUAUUUAUUAAAUUUGCGUUUAU